AUGGUCACUAAUUUUCCUUUCAUAAUUCAAGCUGAUUUUGUCCUUGCCUCAUCAAGGGAGACAAUUCUCUUGGAUAAUAAGUGGAAUCAAGGGAUACUUGAAUGCGUUCCAUCAGCUUUUAUGGAAGCAUUCAGAACACUUGUUGCAGGAUCAUAUGAAGCUCCAGUAAGCAGCUUGAUUUAUUUGUUCAAGUUCAUUCCAAUUCAUAGUUCUCGUCAUGGGAACUUCAAUCAUGUGAGGGAGGAAAUUAAAGCAAAACUGGCUGAAGAAAAAAUUAUUCCUAUUGAGACAUUUUCGAACCAGAAGCACUUCUAUAAGCCCCGUGAAGUUUGUAGGCUACUGCGUAAGUUUCGGAAUAUUUUGACAAAGGCCCGGCAGGAAGGAGUGUACAUACUGAUCCAGAGUUCUAAUCUUGCAGAUGGAGUAUCAGAAGAUAUCUAUCUGGAGCUUUUAUAUUUUGUUGCUAAAAACUGGCAAAGACACCACAAUGCCAAGAGAGCAGUACUAGCAGACUCAGGUCGGACUUGUUCUUGGAUGAUCACUUGGAACAAUGUAUUUGCAUGUGCAACGAACCAAUGGUUCAUGCCAGAAAGCACACAACAAGCUAUCCCCCAAUUGCACACGAACCAACGUUUGUUGGAAUGGUUAGCAAAUGAUGUUAAUGUUCUCACUCUGAAUGUGUACAGUUUUGCAGAUGUCCUCUGCAGUUCUAUUGAUAAUAGUAAGCUUGUCAUUGCUUAUGCUCAUUUCUUAUACCACUCUUUGUCAAACGGUUUUUUGUCAACUCGCGAGGUUGAUGAUCUAUGUAAAUCUAUGCCACUUGUGGACAACUAUGGAAGUAUAACUAAAAGCAGACAAGAGGUUCUUGUGCCUGCAAAUGUGAGCAAAUGGGCAGGCUUGAUUGUUUCUUCUAAUCCAUGGACUUAUGAAAAUUACAUCGAGCUAGGAAAGGCGUACCUAAAUGCAUCUUCUUAUGCAGGCCAAUAUACAGAUUAUGGGAAGCUUAUUGGUUUCCUCAAAACCCAUGUUGGAGCUUCCGACAUACCUUAUAUAUCUCCUCCAAAUGCUGGGUUUUCAGCCGCAGAUACACCACUUACCAAAGAAAAUGCCCUUUUGCUUUUGGAUUGGAUUCAGAAACUGAAGUAUAGGGGAGUGAACCUACCAGAGAUGUUCUUGAAAGGCCUAAAAGAAGGCAGAUGGCUUAAAGUUACAUGUGGAUACAGACCUCCUUCGAAGUCAUUCUUAAUUGGUUCAUGGUUGGAAAAACUUCUGCAAAGUGGUUCAGUUCUUGUUGACAUUCCCCUGAUUGAUGAGAGCUUCUAUGGGGAUAGAAUAAAUAAGUACAAAGAGGAGUUGAAAACAGUUGGAGUGAUGUUCGAUUAUGAGGAAGCAUGUGAGUUCAUUGGGAAAGAGCUAAUGUGUCGUGCGGCUUCUCUCUCUUUAAGAAAGAGUCAUGUUCUUUUGAUGCUUAACUCCAUCCAAUAUCUCAGGAAAAGUCUUCUUCCUUUCGACAAAUUUGUGGACAACAUCAAAGAGGGAAGUUGGCUAAAGACAUCUUGUGGUGUUAGGUCUCCAGUUGGAUCUGUAUUGAAUGGUUCAGAAUGGCAAGUUGCAUCACAGAUUAGUGAUAUACCUUUCAUUGAUCAUGAUUAUUUCGGUGAGGAAAUAUAUAAUUACAAAGUGGAGCUCAAGUUGUUAGGAGUGAUAGUUGACUUCAAUGGAAAUUACCAAGUUGUCAUAGAGCAUUUAAAACUGCCCUCAAAUUUGGCUUCUUUGACGGCUGAGGCUAUUCUUUUGAUAAUGGAAUGCAUCAAACAUUCAAAUGUCCCUAUUGAAGUCUUAAAUUUGCUAAGGGGAACAAGUUUCUUGAAGACAAACAUCGGUUUCAAAACGCCAAGUGAAUGUUUCUUGUAUGAUCCAGUGUGGGGCUGCAUUUUGGAAAUCACAAACUUGCUUCUGAAUCCAACUGAUGGACCUUUUAUUGAUGAGAAUUGGUAUGGACCUAAAAUUGCAUCUUUCCAGAAAGAACUCAAUGCAAUAGGGGUCAUUGGUGAAGUUGAGAAGGGGUGCUCCUUGCUUGCCAGUCACCUUGAUUCUCUCUCUGAUCAUGAUAAUAUUGUGAAAAUAUAUAUGUACUUAUUUGAACAGAACUGGAAACCUAAGGAGAAAUCUGCAAAAAAGAUUUGGGUUCUGGAUGGAAUAAAUGGUGGUAAGUGGGUUGAUUCUGAAGAAUGUAUCAUACAUGACCCUGCUAAACUUUUUGCUGGUUCAAAAUUUUAUUUUCUUGAAGAUAUCUAUGAUAGUAAUAUUCUUGAAUUUUUCAAUGCAAUAUUGAAAGUCAAGAACAAGCCGUCACUAGAUGAUUAUGUUGACCUUUGGAAUGAUUGGGGGAGUUCAGUGAAACAAUUGUCACAUGAUGAGUGCUGCAGGUUCUGGAAGUCUAUCUCGAAACUUUUGAGCUCAAAACACGAGACCAAACUUGCAGAGAGUUUUAUUAAACUACCUGCAACAUCAAGAAAUGAUAACAUAUUUCUGCUUGACAAGGAAGAUGCUUUCAUUCCUGAUAACCUACAUAUGAUGAAGCUUUUUGAGAGGGAAAUUUUGUUUGUGUGGUAUCCUCAGCAUAACAUGGCACCAUUGUCCAAGUCUAAACUAUCUGAUAUUUACAGAAAAAUUGGUGCUAGAAAUAUCUCCUAG